CUCUCUCUCUUCAUUCCCCUAUUUAUUCUGUUGAAGAUAGCGUAACCGAAAACACACACACAAACACAGCUAUUUCUCAGCUCACUGCAGAAGCAAAUCAUCUUAAGAUUCAGAGAGAGAGAGAGAGAGAGAGAGAGAGAGAGGGGAAAAAAAAAUGUCGUCAGUGGUGGAGUUUGCUUCUAAGGAAAGUAGCGAUCACGAAGACGGCAACGAACGGCUCGAUUUGCUUCACACAACGAAUCCAACGGCAGCGAACUUGUCACUCCCAGCUGAGACCUUUCUGAAAGCCGCCAUCUCUGUUAAAGACCAGGUUGUACAAUUCACGUGGAAAAGGGAGAGUGAAGGACAUGGCAGUAAUGGAACGGACCCAACUGCUUUCACUGGUCUGAUUGGGACAGCUAUCACCAGCUUGUGGUCCUACAAGACCACCGGUAGUCACCAGGACUUGCUAUUGUGCGCCGAGAUCGUUGACACGUGUGCCACCGUCGCAUGUACUUCCACGAGGCACGUGACUUUCUUGUGUGGUAGAGGAGGAGUGUAUGCACUUGGUGCUGUGGUAGCAAAUUACAUUGGGGACCAUCAGAAGUGUGGCUUGUAUCUGAAUCUCUUUCUUGAGGUGGCACAAGAAAGAGCCCUGCCCAUUGGACCUGAGGAAGGUGGUUUUGGAAUGUCAUAUGAUCUUCUUUAUGGGCGUGCUGGAUUUUUGUGGGCUGCUUUGUUCAUAAACAAGCACCUUGGGCAAGAGACAGUGCCCAGUGAUCUUCUCAUGCCAGUUGUUGAGGCUGUGUUAGCAGGAGGCAGAGCAGGGGCAUCGGAUAACACCACCUGCCCACUGAUGUAUAGAUGGCACGGGACUAGGUAUUGGGGUGCAGCGCAUGGCCUUGCAGGCAUAUUGCAUGUAUUGCUUCAUUUCACUCUCUCCAAGGAGGAUGCCGAAGAUGUCAAGGGAACCUUAAGAUACAUGAUGAGUAACAGGUUCCCUCAUAGUGGGAAUUACCCAUCAAGUGAAGGGAACCCAAGGGACAAGCUGGUGCAAUGGUCUCAUGGUGCAACCAGCAUGGCCAUCACACUCUGCAAAGCAUCGCAGGUGUUUUCAUGUGAUAGAGAGUUUCGUGACGCUGCGAUAGAAGCUGGGGAAGUCGUUUGGAAAAGUGGGUUGGUGAAGAAGGUGGGACUGGCUGAUGGUGCUUCUGGGAAUGCUUAUGCCUUCCUUUCCCUUUAUCGUCUCACGGGAGAGAGCAUAUACAUAGAGAGAGCAAAGGCGUUUGCAAGUUUCGUGUACCACAAUGCAGAAGAGCUUAUGAGCGUUGGACAUUCUCGGGGAACUGACCAUGCCUACUCCCUUUUCCAAGGACUUGCCGGAGCAGCUUGCCUUUGGUUUGAUUUGCUUGUACCUGAAAACUCGAGGUUUCCAGGAUAUGAAAUUUAAGCUGCAUUUAGCUGUGCUGAGAAUUCUGGAAAUUGAAGGUAAAGUAUGGAUUUUCAUUUCCAUCUAAAGCUUUCGUGAGGAUUAUAGUCUACCUUUAUAUGGUUUUAUGCACAUCAUGUAACUGAUUAACUUGUACAUAAACACUUGGAAAACUUUCAGCAGUGUGUUGUGUCUGAUAGGGUUUUUAACGAUGUAAUGCUCUUGGUAGAUACGGAAUUAAUGUUACUGUUUAUAAAUAUAUAUUAGGGUAUCUUUGUUUUUUGUCUUGAAGAAAUAUAUAUGUACUUUGAUAUGGGUUUGAAAUCUUCAGUUUGUCUAAAC